AUGUCGGUUGCCGUCGCCGACCAACAUGCUAUUCUGCUUGCCGUAGUCGCGAUUGGCCUAAUUCUAGCGGCGCAUCUCGCCCGCCUCAAUUCGGUCUUGGGAGGAACUCCAAGCGCGAUCCGAAAGAUAGCAGACAACAGCUGGAGCAGAACACUACUCCUGGCCACAUACGAGAGGAUCCAGGCCAACCCCAUCACAACCAAAACUUACGCCGGCCGCAUCCCCCCGAAACUCAAUCGGCGCUACAUCGUCACGGGCGGCUCGGGUCUGGUCGGCGACUAUAUAGUCCAGCAGCUCCUCCAGCGCGGCCAGCGCCCGGACUCAGUCCGCAUCGUCGACUACCGAGCGCCUAGACGGGGCAAGCAACCGCAUGUUGGUGAUCUGGCUGCCAGGGUUGGCUUUGUCCAGGCCGAUAUCUCGUCUGCAGAUUCCACCGACCUUGCUUUUUCUAAGCCGUGGGAUCCGCCCGUUGCCAGUCUUCCCCUUACCGUCUUCCACACGGCCGCUGUCAUCGUGCCAUCAGACAGGUCCAAGCUCACAUAUGCCUUCUGCGAGGCCGUCAACGUCAAGGGGACACAGCACGUGCUGGACGCUGCUCGGCGGGCGGGCGCCGAUGUCUUGGUCUCCACCACUUCGGCCAGCAUAAGCAUCCGUCCUGUCGAGUUCUGGGGCGCACCGUGGAAGAUCUGGUCGCGCUCAGAGUCACGAUGGCCGGCCCACUACUGGCAAACACUCGACGAGCGAGAUUUCUUCGCGCCUCUACGCGCCCACGAUGGCUACUAUUCCAACUACGCAGUCUCCAAGGCCGCAGCCGAGCGCAUCGUCUGUGGAGCCAAUAGUCCUGGGCUCCGUACUGGGUGCAUCCGCCCCGCGAACGGCAUCUACGGCUGCUCAAACUUCUCUGACAAUACUGUCGGGGGCCCUCUCAACAUAGAGCUCUUGCCCGAAUGGUCAAGCCACUCUGUGCAGUCGUUUGUCCACGGGUCCAACGCCGCCAUCGCUCAUCUCGACCUCGAGGCAGUUCUGGCAAACCCGGAUUCAUCCGCGGCGCCACAAGCAGGCAGGCCGUUUGUAGUCACCGACCCAAACCCGCCGAUCCCCUAUGGUAGCCUGUACCGCCUAGUUGGGACCCUCGCCGACACGCCGUUCCAGACCGUGCACGUGCCACCUAUUCUAAUGCUCCUAGUCUGUCACGCUGUCGAGUGGUAUAUCCUCCUCCACGCUCGCUUCCCACUCGCCAGGAAAGUCUUGCCCCCUAUCACGGGCGACGUCAAGCACGUUCAGCCGGCACUGUCAUCCAUCUGCACCCACCUCGUCGCGUCUAACGCGGUGGCCGGUCAGCCCGUUGCCGCCGGCGGGCUCGGAUACUCGGGAGUCGUCACUACGCUCGAGGGCAUGGCGCAAGAGAUGGUGUGGUGGAACCACGCACAUGCCAGCGCUCGCGCUGCCGGCGAGACCAAGGUCUACCAGAGCAGCGUGUCGCUGGCUGAAGAGAUCCAGAGGGCCGCUGGCGUGGGUGCCAAUGCCAGUUAA